AUGUGUGGCAUUUGUUGUUCUGUAAGCUUUUCUGCUGAGCAUUUUAGUAAAGAUUUGAAAGAAGAUUUACUCUAUAAUCUUAAGCGACGGGGACCCAAUAGUGGUAGACAGUUGUUAAAAUCUGAUGCUGACUACCAGUGUUUAUUCUCUGGUCAUGUCCUUCACUUGAGAGGCAUUUUGACUGUUCAGCCAAUGGAAGAUGAAAGAGGCAAUGUAUUCCUGUGGAAUGGAGAAGUCUUCAGUGGAAUAAAGGUUGAAGCUGAAGAGAAUGAUACUCAAAUUAUGUUUAAUAAACUUUGUGCUUCUGAGAAUGAAUCUGAUAUCUUGUCACUCUUCUCAGAAGUCCAAGGUCCUUGGUCUUUUAUAUAUUAUCAAGCCUCUAGUCAUUACUUAUGGUUUGGUAGGGACUUUUUUGGUCGCCGGAGCUUACUUUGGCAUUUUAGCAAUAUGGGCAAGAAUUUCUGCCUCUCUUCAGUUGGCACCCAAACAUCUGGAGUAGCAAAUCAGUGGCAAGAGGUUCCAGCAUCUGGAAUUUUCAAAAUUGAUCUCAAAUCUACUGCCAUUUCUGGGUGUGUGAUUUUAAAAUUGUAUCCUUGGAAAUAUAUUUCUGAAGAGAAUGUUAUGGAAAAAUAUGUUAAUAGCCUGACUCAAAUUUCAGCAGAGUUACCCACAUUUGUAUCAGUGGUAGCAAAUGAAGCCAGACUCUAUCUUGAAAAUCCCAUUGUCCCCUUAAAUAUGAUGUUACCUGAAGCUGAAGUGGAAAUGCAGUGCAAGAACAAUUCCAGCGUUUCACCUACAAGAGAGACACUUAAGGUCUUUCUUACAGAUCAACACAUGAAAAAAGUAGUUCAACAAUUCAUUGAUGUCUUGAGUAUUGCAGUCAAAAGACGUGUCUUGUAUUUAGCCAGAGACAAAAAUCUGGCACCAAAAGAAGUUUUACAAACUAGUAAUAGGAAAGCAAAUGUUGCUAUACUCUUUUCUGGAGGCAUUGAUUCCAUGGUGAUUGCAACCCUUGCUGAUCGUCAUAUUCCUAUAGAUGAGUCAAUUGAUCUCCUCAAUGUGGCUUUUAUGACUAAGGAAAAGAACAAACCAACUAGUUUUCAUGAAGAAAGGAGUAAAACCAAAUAUCUCUGUGAAGUACCCUCUGAAGGAGUCUCUAACAAUGAUGAUAGUUCUUACAAUGUACCAGAUAGGAUUACAGGAAGAGCUGGACUAAAAGAACUACAGACUGUUAAUCCUUCUCGAAUUUGGAAUUUUAUUGAAAUUAAUGUUUCUCUGGAAGAACUACAGAAACUGAGAAGAACUCAAAUAUGUCACUUAGUUCAGCCUUUGGGUACAGUUUUGGAUGAUAGCAUUGGCUGUGCAGUCUGGUUUGCUUCUAGAGGAAUUGGUUGGCUAGUUACACAGGAUGACGUGAAAUCAUAUCAGAGUAGUGCAAAGGUAAUUCUUACUGGAAUUGGUGCUGAUGAACAACUUGCAGGUUAUUCUCGUCAUCGUAUUCGUUUUCAGACACUGGGUUUGGAAGGACUGAAUAAGGAAAUAGCAAUGGAACUGGGUCGAAUUUCUUCUAGAAAUCUUGGUCGUGAUGAUAGAGUUAUUGGUGAUCAUGGCAAAGAAGCAAGAUUUCCUUUUCUGGAUGAAAAUGUUGUCUCCUUCCUAAAUGCCCUACCAAUUUGGGAAAAGGCAAAUUUGACUUUACCCCGUGGGAUUGGUGAAAAACUACUUCUACGUCUAGCAGCUGUGGAACUUGGUCUUACAGCCUCCGCUGUUCUGCCAAAGCGGGCCAUGCAGUUUGGAUCCAGAAUUGCAAAAAUGGAAAAAAAUAAUGAAAAAGCAUCUGAUAAAUGUGGAAGGCUCCAUAUUUCUUAGAAAGCCUUUCUUUUGAAAGGAUAUUAAAUAAUAUGAUCUCACAUUAUUGAAAUAAAAAUAAAGUACUGUCUUAUUAUAUAAUGUGAUGGCAGUAUCCUGCUAUUUAAGAUAAUCCCUUUUAAGCCAUACUGAAGCUACUUCUGGAGCAUUAAUCCUACACAGCAUAGGAUGUAAAAGACCAUGUGUUUAUAUAAAGAGUUUGAAUCUGUUUCUAGGAUGUAAAGUACUUUGGGCUGGAGACUAAUCUGUAUUAAAAACUUUUGAAGGAA